AUGUUUGCUCGUCGAAAUGGUUCCAGAUUAAAAUUGAAUGAUACUUAGAAGAACUUUGUAAUCAAGAGAGCAUGCUCUACCAAUAAAUCCUCUAUUUCUAGUUUAAAUACCAGUAAUUCCUCCAAAUUUUUUUAAUUUGAAGAUAAGACACAUCCAGAAGACGGAAAACUCUUAGAUCUGUUAUCAGAAAAUGAAAACCUAUAGAAAUCUCAGAUUUAUCAUCUCCAAAUGAGUUCAUUUUAAAUUCAUAAUGAUGAGUCUGUCUAGUAAAGAUAUGCCCUCUCAGAUGAUGUCAACAACCCCUAAUUGAGAAGAAACAUCACUUAUAAUUGGCAUUAUCAUAAUGACCAUCAACAACAUCUAUGUUAAGAUACAGUUUCCUUUAGUUUCUCAAUUAAGAAGCAUGGAAUCAAAGAGAUGUUGAGAGCCAAGAUGAUCGAUUGGAUGAUUGAAGUAUUUGGAAACUACCCUACUACUACCACAUCAUAGACCUACUUCAGAGCUGUUGGUCUAUUAGAUGCUUUUCUCAAAAAAACUUCGAUGUAUUAUUACGAUGGAGAUGUGCAUCUUAUGGGCAUCAGUUGCAUGUUCAUAGCAUCGAAACUUGAAGAUAUCUAUCACAUUCCAUUAAGUGACAUUGUUACUAGAGUUGGACAUAAUAAAUUCAAUACUCUUAAGGUUAAAAAUAUGGAAUAAACCAUUUUGGAAACUUUAUAAUUCAAUGUCUAUUUUCCAACUCCUUUAGAUUAUUUAUAAAAUCUAUUUUACAAGUGCUUUAGUCUAAAUGAUAAUUAGACAUUGUAGAACAUCUAUGAGACAUGCAUAUAUAUAUUAAAAAUGUGUAUGCAUGAUUUACACAUGCUCAACUUUACACCGAAUCUCCUAUCUGCAGCUAUUGUAGGUUAUGCAGUUAGAGAAUACAUCGAUACAAAAUAAGAAAAUAAAAAGGCCGAUAAUUUAAAAUUAAAUAAAUAAUCUCAAGAUUCGAUUGUUAAAAUUGCCAAAAUAGACUUUAAUACGUACAAUGAAUGCUAGAAGCAAAUUGCUGAGUUGAUUAACACAUUCAAAUCCAAAUAUCCAGAUCUUAAUAAUUUAGAAAAGUUUUCUUGAUAAUUAUUUUUGAAUUAAUUAACUAAUUUAA